GGGAAUCCGGUUUCUGCAGAUCCUUCGCAUGCUUCAUGUAGAUCGGCAAGGUGGGACGUGGAGACUCUUGGGCUCUGUGGUCUUCAUACAUCGUCAGGAACUCAUAACUACCCUGUACAUCGGCUUCUUGGGCCUAAUCUUCUCAUCCUAUUUUGUCUACCUUGCUGAGAAAGAUGCGGUGGAUGAAGAGGGGCAGACUGGAUUCUCCAGCUACGCCGAUGCUCUCUGGUGGGGAGUGGUGACAGUGACCACUAUUGGCUACGGGGAUAAAGUGCCCCAGACGUGGAUUGGCAAGACAAUCGCUUCCUGCUUCUCCGUGUUUGCAAUCUCGUUCUUCGCUCUGCCCGCGGGGAUCCUGGGAUCAGGAUUUGCCCUGAAAGUCCAACAGAAACAGCGCCAGAAACAUUUCAACAGGCAGAUUCCUGCAGCGGCCUCUCUAAUUCAGACUUUGUGGAGGAGCUACGCAGCAGAGAAACCUCAGGGCUGCCUGGCCACCUGGAAGAUCUACAUCACCUCAGCUCAGAUCCCAAAGAAAACAGCAGCACCGCCCAGCCCAAAUCUCAGAAAACAGAGUAAAAGAUACAAGAGGAAAGGAAAAACUGGGCGGGAUAAUGGCUCAACAUCUGUAAAUCCAGGAGACGCACCGUUGCCCGUUCCUCAGAUUACUUACGACUUCAGCGAAGAUCAAGAAGACAAGAAAGAGUUGAAUUUCUACCUUGAUGAACCGGGAGUCAAGAAACAUCUGGAAGGCAACAGUGGUGGGAUGUCGAGAGCCAGCAGCUUCACCGAGGAGGCGGAUCUGACAGCUGAAGAGGCUCUUCUGCCUACUGUAACAGAUGUCUCACA